AUGCUCUACAAAGUGGCGGUGCCACCCGCCACCUUCUCCCCCACGGGCCUGCACCCCGUGGUGAACGUGAGCCCCUUGCCCCCGGCCUUUAACGUGACCUCACCGCUAAUCCAGCACCCAGGGGUGCCCUACCCUCCCAUCCACUACGCGCAGAUCCCCCCGACGUCUCUGCAGUUCAUCGGCUCCCAUUACACGGUGCCCUAUGCUGUCCCUCCUGGCUUCCUGCCUAGUCCUCUCCUGUCUCCUUCCACCAACCUCACCACCUCUCACGUCCCUCACUUUGUGCCAUAUGCCUCUCUCUUCACGGAAGAAGCCGCUCCUUCCCCCCAGACUACCUCUCCUACCCACACCUUCAACAAAUCUGCUUCUGCCAUUUCUCCUUCUGGCCAGAUGCAGCACCAUGCUGGGACCCAGCCGUUAGAUAUUGCACCAGGUAGAAUUCCUGUUUAUUAUCAGAUGUCCCGCCUCCCACCAGGGUAUUCGGCAUAUGAGACACCUACAGCAAGUGGAAGCCCAGAUCCUCCUCAGCAAGACAGUCAGCUGAGUUCAGAGGCAGUUGCCGCCAAUGGUGGACAAAGACAUCUGGAGCAUAACGUGGUGAGGAGGACCAGUGAGGCUGUGGACUCUGCCGGCAGUAAAGCUGAAGACUGUCUGCCAGGGACUGCAGUGGGAUGUGUGGUCGAUGGACAGUUCCUUUCAGGUUACCAGACUUUGAGAACAGAGGUCUCUGUGCCAGCUCACAGAAGCACCCCAGACACUGAUCUGGAGGUUCAGAGGGUGGUGGGGGUGUUGGCAUCUCAGGAUUACCAUGUUCUGGCAGCCCAGAGGAAAGAUGACCUGAGCCCUAUAAACCUUUGCCAUAACAUCCCUGAUCAGCAGGGGGAGUCAAGGGAUGUUUUGAGGAGCACGGUGGAAAGGGCUGCUGCUGAGAAAAGCCAGUCCAGGAGUCCAUAUGUAAUGUCCCCUGAAGAGACGGUUAGACAAAGACAAUUAACCAAAGGAAUGGUGAUAGCCAACGGCAAGCCAGUCCUGGUGCCCGUUGUGUCUGAGCCCAUCAGGUCUUCCUCUUCAGAUACCCUGGUGAGGCAGAGCCCAGAUGCGCAGGCUCGAGGAAGCAUGCUUGAAAAGGAAUUGACCCAACUGCAGCCUCCCAGCUCCUCGCACUUGCCCUCUCACUUCAUGAAAGGAGCCAUCAUCCAGCUGGCUACAGGAGAGCUGAAGCGGGUAGAGGACCUGCAGACUCAAGACUUCGUUCGCAGUGCCGAGGUGAGCGGGGGCCUGAAGAUCGACUCCAGCACCGUGGUGGAUAUUCAGGACAGCCAGUGGCCUGGUCUGUCCUAGGGCCUGAAACUUUGCGGAAGCUGCUAAGAUGGCUACGAAUGCACAUUCUUGCACAGAGUUUGGCCCAGGGUGUGUUCC